UGGGAGAAUUUUUUUUCCCCCAGGCGAAGCAUGAGAAGUUGCUAAGUGAAAAUGGAGGCUGAAUUUUACAUGGCGAUUCUUACCUGCUUGAUCUUUGGGAGCUCAGCGGGGUUUCAGAUUGUCCAUGUCCAGAAACAACAGUGCCUUUCCAAAAAUAAGACAGUGGUCAUGGGCUUGUGCAAUAGGACCAACCAGAACCAGCAGUGGAUGUGGACCGAGAAUGGAAAGCUCCUUCAUGUUAAGUCUGCACUGUGCCUGGGCAUCUCCAGUUCUUCUCGAGGCCCUCUGCUGCCAGCCAUCUUUGCCCACUGCUCCCAGGCACCCCGAUGGACUUGCCAUGAGCAGGGGGGCUUCCUUGAGAUGGGAAAUACCACUCUCUUUCUCAAGAAACAAAGUUUUAAAGUAGUGGUCAAGAAGGGCAGGAAAUACCUCCACAGUUGGAUGAAAAUAGAUGUCAACAAGGAGGGAAAACCAAUCAAUGAAAGCCUCUGCUUAAAAAAAGCUGGCCUGGGAGCAGAAAUUUCAGUCAGGAGCGCUAGAAACACGGCUCCUCCUCAAAUCCCCACUACUCUUAAGGCAGUUCCAUAUAGCCUGGAACACAUGAUUAAGAAUACCACAGAGGUCUUCACCAGAAGUACCACAGAAAACUACAGCCAAACCAGCAGCGAGAGGCAGCACCCCAAUCUGCAGAUGACUGGAAUUGCAGAGGCAUCUUGGGCUCCCUGGACCACUCCACCUGUCUCCAUCACCACCAAAGAGACUGGACUGGGGGAGCCAGUAAAAUGCAACUUCACUGUGACGGAGUCCAGGGUGUCCAGCCGGUCCGUGUCUCUCCAGUGGAGAACUUUGGGGUCACCCUGUAACUUUAGCCUCAUCUACAACAAUGACACUUCGGAGGUCGCGUGGUGCCACCCCAUGCAGAUAGACAACACCACCUAUGGAUGUAACCCCAAGGAUUUACAAGCAGGAACCAUCUAUCACUUCCGGAUUGUUUCUCUGGAUGGAGAAGAGAGAACUGAGGUCCUGCAAACAGAUCCUUUACCUCCUGCUAGGUUUGCAGUCAGCAAAGAGAAGACUACCUCAGCCAGCUUGCAUGUUUGGUGGACUCCUUCUUCUGGAAAAGUCACCCAGUAUGAGGUGCAGUUAUUUGAUGAUAACCAAAAGAUACAGAGGACCCACAUUCAGAAAAGUACUUUGCGGAAUGAAUAUACAUUUUUUAACCUCACUGCUGGUAGUAAUUACAAUAUUACCAUCACAGCUAUUUCUGGAAAUAAACGUUCCUUUACAAUUUAUACCAAUGGAUCAACAGUGCCAUCCCCAGUGAAAGAUAUUGAAGUUUCAUCAAAAACUAAUUCUCUCCUGAUUUCCUGGUCUCAUGGCUCUGGGAACAUGGAGAGAUACCAGUUGAUGCUAAUGGAUAAAAGGGCCCUAGUUCACGGCAGUGUCGUGAACAAAUAUGUUACUUCCUACACUUUUCACGGACUGAUACCUGGUCACCUCUACAACUUCACCAUCGUGACUGAGGCUGCAGGGCUAAGAAGCUCCAGAUGGAAACCAGCCAGAACAACCCCCAUGGAAGUCUCAAAUCUGAAGGUGACAAAUAAUGGCAAUUUGACCUCUCUAAAAGUUAAGUGGCAAAGACCUUUUGGAAAUGUGGAUUCCUACAAUGUUACCCUGUUUCACCAAGGGACCAUCAAAGAGUCCAGAAUACUAGCACCUCAGGUUACACAAACUCAAUUUAAAGACUUAACUCCUGGCCGACUCUAUCAAGUUACUGUCAGCACUAUCUCUGGUGAAUUGUCUGCUCAGAAGAUGGCAGUGGGCAGAACAGUUCCAGAGAAAGUUGAGAACCUGGAGGCAAACAACAACAGUUCGAUAAGGUCCCUAGUAGUGACCUGGUCGCCCCCUGCUGGAGACUGGGAGCAGUACCGUGUCCUACUCUUCAAUGAUUCUUUGGUGCUGCGCAACGUCACUGUGGGAAAGGGGGAAACACACUAUGCCAUUGAUGAUGUGGGGCUCAUACCGGGAAGACAGUAUGAGAUAGAAGUCACUGUAGAGAGUGGAAAUCUGAAGAAUUCUAAGCGUUGCCAAGGCAGGACAGCCCCCCUGGCCGUCCUCCAGCUUCGUGUCAAACAUGCCAAUGAAACCUCACUGGGUGUCAUGUGGCAGACCCCUCUAGCAGAAUGGGAGAGGUACAUCGUUUCACUAGCCGACAGAGACCUCUUACUCAUCCAUAAGUUACUCCCCAAAGAUGCCAAAGAAUUCACUUUUACUAACCUGGUGCCUGGACGUAAAUACAUAGCUACAGUCACCAGUAUAAGUGGAGACUUAAAAAAUUCAUCUUCAACAAAAGGAAGAACAGUGCCUGCCCAAGUGACUGGCUUGCAUGUGGCCAACCAAGAGACAACCAGCAGUCUGUUUACUAACUGGACUCGGGCGCUGGGAAACAUAGAGUUCUACCAAGUCUUACUGAUCCAUGAAAAUGUGGUCAUCAAAAACGAAAGUGUCUCCAGUGAGACCAGCAGAUACAGCUUCCACUCCCUCAAAUCAGGCAGCCUCUACUCUGUGGUGGUCACAACAGUAAGCGGAGGCAUCUCUUCCCGACAAGUGGUGGUCGAAGGAAGGACAGUCCCUUCCAGUGUGAGUGACGUAACGGUGAACAAUUCUGGCCGUAAUGACUACCUCAGCAUUUCCUGGCUGCCGGCUCCUGGAGAUGUGGAUAACUACGUGGUAACACUCUCUCACGACAGCAGGGUGGUUCAGUCCCUCAUUAUCGCCAAGUCUGUCAGCGAAUGUUCCUUCAGCUCCCUCGUCCCAGGCCGCCUCUACAACGUGACUGUAACUACAAGGAGUGGCAAGUAUGAAAAUCAUUCCUUCGGCCUAGAGCGAACAGUGCCUGACAAAGUCCAGGGAGUCAGUGUCAGCAACUCAGCCAGGAGUGACUAUUUAAAGGUAUCCUGGGUGCAUGCCACUGGAGACUUUGAUCACUAUGAAGUCACCAUUAAAAACAAAAACAACUUCAUUCAAACCAAAACUGUUCCCAAGGCUGAAAACGAGUGUGUAUUUAUUAAGCUAGUCCCUGGACGGUUGUACAGUGUCACUGUUAGUACGAGAAGUGGACAAUAUGAAGCCAGUGAACAAGGGAAUGGGAGAACAAUCCCAGAGCCUGUUAAGAAUCUCACGCUGAGGAACAGGAGCACUGAGGACCUUCAGGUGACCUGGUCACGAGCUGACGGGGAUGUUGACCAGUAUGAGAUCCAGCUGCUCUUCAAUGAUAUGAAAGUAUUUCCUCCUUUUCACCUUGUAAAUACCGCAACCGAGUAUCGAUUCACCUCCCUAACACCAGGGCGCCAGUAUAAAAUUCUUGUCUUGACGAUCAGUGGAGAUGUACAGCAGUCAGCCUUCAUUGAGGGCUUCACGGUACCUAGUGCUGUCAAAAAUAUUCACAUUUCUCCCAGUGGGGCAACAGACAGCCUGACAGUGAACUGGACUCCUGGUGGGGGAGAUGUUGAUUCCUACACAGUGUCUGCGUUCAGGCAGAACCAAAAGGUUGAGUCUCAGACUCUCCCCAAGCACGUCUCUGAACACACGUUCUACAGGCUGGAGGCGGGGGAACAGUACCAGAUCGUGAUUGCCUCGGUCAGCGGGUCCCUGAGGAACCAGGUAGACGCAGUCGGCCGGACAGUCCCAGCUUCGGUCCAGGGAAUAACUGCAGACAAUGCAUACAGCAGCCAUUCCUUGAUAGUAAGUUGGCAAAAAGCUGUUGGUGUGGCAGAGAGAUAUGAUAUCCUGCUUCUAAAUGAAAAUGGGAUCCUUCUGAGUAACACAUCAGAGCCAGCCACCACAAAGCAGCACAAAUUUGAAGACCUAGCCCCGGGAAAGAAAUACAAGGUACAGAUCCUAACUGUCAGUGGAGGCCUCUUUAGCAAGGAAGCCCAGACUGAAGGCCGAACAGUCCCAGCAGCUGUCACCAAUCUGCGGAUCACAGAGAACUCCACCAGACACCUGUCCUUCAGCUGGACCACCUCUGAGGGGGAGCUCAGCUGGUACAACAUCUUUCUGUACAACCCCGACCGAACUCUUCAGGAGAGAGCCCAUGUUGACCCACAGGUCCAGACCUUCUCUUUCCAGAACUUGCUACAAGGUCGAAUGUACAAAGUGGUGAUUGUAACUCACAGUGGGGAGCUGUCGAAUGAGUCUUUCAUAUUUGGUAGAACAGUCCCAGCUUCAGUGAGUAACCUGAAGGGAUCCAAUCGGAACAUGACAGACAGUCUCUGGUUCAGCUGGAACCCAGCCUCUGGGGACAUCGACUUCUAUGAGCUGAUUCUCUAUAACCCCAAUGGCACAAAGAAGGAAAACUGGAAAGACAAGAGCCUGACAGAGUGGCGUUUCCUUGGGCUCAUUCCUGGAAGGAAAUACACGCUAUGCGUGGUAACUCACAGUGGAGAUCUCAGCAACAGGGUCACAGGAGAGGGCAGAACAGCCCCAAAUCCUCCCAGUCUCAUGUCAUUUGCUGACGUCGCAAACACGUCCUUGGCCAUCACCUGGAAGGGGCCUCCGGACUGGACAGACUAUGAUGACUUUGAGCUGCACUGGUUCCCCAGGGAUGCUAUCACAGUCUUCAAUCCCUACAGCAACAGAAAAUCAGAAGGACGUAUCGUGUAUGGUCUUCGUCCAGGGAGGUCCUAUCAAUUCAGUGUCAAGACAGUCAGCGGUGAUUCCUGGAAAACAUACAGCAAACCAGUUUUUGGAUCCGUGAGGACAAAGCCAGACAAGAUACAAAACCUGCACUGCCGCCCUCAGAACUCCACGGCCAUUGCCUGUUCAUGGAGCCCUCCUGAUUCCGACUUUGAUGGGUAUAGCAUUGAAUGCCGGAAAAUGGAUACUCAAGAAGUUGAAUUUUCCAGAAAGCUGGAGAAAGAAAAAUCUGUGUUCAGUAUCAUGAUGCUCGUGCCCCAUAAGAGGUAUCUGGUUUCCAUCAAGGUGCAGUCAGCUGGCAUGACCAGUGAGGUGGUUGAAGACAGCACGAUCACAAUGAUAGACCGCCCCCCUCCUCCACCUCCACAUAUUCGAGUGAAUAAAAAGGAUGUGCUAAUUGGCAAAUCUUCUAUCAACUUUACCUUCAACUGCAGCUGGUUCAGCGAUACCAACGGAGCUGUGAAAUACUUCACAGUGGUAGUGAGAGAGGCGGACGGCAGUGAUGAGCUGAAGCCAGAGCAACAGCACCCUCUGCCCUCCUACCUGGAAUACAGGCACAAUGCCUCCAUCCGAGUGUAUCAGACCGAUUACUUUGCCAGCAGGUGUGCUGAAAGUCCUGACAGCAACUCCAAGAGUUUUAAUAUUAAGCUUGGGGCAGAGAUGGAGAGCCUAGGAGGAAAAUGUGAUCCCGAGCAACAAAAAUUCUGUGACGGACCACUGAAGCCACGCACCACCUACAGAAUCAGCAUUCGGGCUUUUACACAGCUGUUUGAUGAGGACCUGAAGGAAUUCACAAAGCCACUCUAUUCAGACACAUUUUUCUCUUUGCCUAUCACCACUGAGUCAGAGCCUUUGUUUGGAGUAAUUGAAGGAGUGAGUGCUGGUCUGUUCUUAAUCGGCAUGCUGGUGGCCGUGGCUGCCUUGUUCAUCUGCAGACAGAAAGUGAGCCACGGCCAAGAAAGGCCCUCUGCCCGCCUGAGUAUUCGCCGGGAUCGACCGUUAUCUGUCCACUUGAACCUGGGCCAAAAAGGUAACCGGAAGACUUCUUGCCCCAUAAAAGUAAAUCAGUUUGAAGGGCACUUCAUGAAGCUGCAGGCUGACUCCAACUACCUUCUGUCCAAGGAAUAUGAGGACUUAAAAGAUGUGGGUCGAAACCAAUCAUGUGACAUUGCACUCUUGCCGGAGAACAGAGGGAAAAAUCGAUACAACAAUAUAUUGCCCUAUGACGCCUCUCGAGUAAAGCUGUCCAGCGUAGAUGAUGAGCCGUGCUCUGACUACAUCAACGCCAGCUACAUUCCUGGCAACAGCUUCAGAAGAGAAUACAUCGCUACUCAGGGACCUCUUCCUGGCACCAAGGAUGACUUCUGGAAAAUGGCCUGGGAACAGAACGUCCACAACAUCGUCAUGGUGACCCAGUGUGUGGAGAAGGGCCGAGUAAAGUGUGACCAUUACUGGCCAGCAGACCAGGAUUCCCUCUACUAUGGGGACCUCAUCCUGCAGAUGCUCUCCGAAUCUGUGCUGCCUGAGUGGACCAUCCGGGAAUUUAGGAUAUGCAGCGAGGAGCAGCUGGAUGCACACAGACUCAUCCGCCACUUUCACUUCACUGUGUGGCCAGACCAUGGUGUCCCAGAGACCACCCAGUCCCUGAUCCAGUUCGUGAGGACUGUCAGGGACUACAUCAACAGGACCCCUGGUGCUGGGCCCUCUGUGGUGCACUGCAGUGCUGGUGUGGGCAGGACUGGAACCUUCAUCGCACUGGACCGACUACUCCAGCAAUUAGACUCCAAAGACUCAGUGGACAUUUACGGAGCAGUGCACGACCUAAGGCUUCACAGGGCUCACAUGGUCCAGACUGAGUGUCAGUAUGUAUAUCUACAUCAAUGUGUAAGGGAUGUCCUUAGAGCAAGGAAGCUGCGGAGUGAACAAGAAAAUCCCUUGUUUCCAAUCUACGAAAAUGUGAAUCCAGAGUAUCACAGAGUGUCCUUCCUUUCAGACCCAAACUUUUCAAGGCAUUGAGAAUGUAUCUGAAGAUCUCCUGGAUAAAAAUCAUUCACCUUAUGAUUUUUUUUUAAAUCUUGCUUCAUGCCCUACGGAGGUGCCAGCUAUUUCUGUUGAUACUAUGUAUAAUUUAUUAAUCUGGAGAAUUUUAAAGAAUUUAUAUAAUUUAAGGUAACAUAUUAUUGUACAUAGUUUUAUUUUGUAGUUUCUUCUGUAAAUAUGUAUUUUUUCAUAAUUUUAAUAUUAAUCUUCAUAUAAUACUAUGUUUCCACACUAAAGUAUUCAUGGAUUAUUCUGGGUAAACUGAUUCAACCUGUAUGACAGGCCAAGCAGUAAAAUGUGUGUGGAGGAGGCUGUAGCGGCAAUCCCAUGGGCUGUGGUUUUUAUCUGAACAGGCUAAAUGGCAGGGCUAGAGAAAGCAUACAUACGGCUGGCUUUGCUGCACUGCUGUCCUAUGAGUCUUUGAAUCCAGAGAUGAGCUAAAUGCUAUUUGGACAAAUGUACCAGUCAAACAAGCAUUGCAUGGAAGGGAUUGAGCAGCACCAAAGCUGAAGUAGAUUGUUGUCCGGAAACUAGUCAGUCUGUCCUCUUUCUACAACCAGAGGUUCAAGUCAGAGUGAUCAGGUCAGUGCCAUGUCACUUGCAAGUCCAGGAUGUGGGGUUGAAAGUUCUGAUAGAGGACAAUCCCAACAGAAGUGAUGAAUUCCUUCUCUCAAGGGGGAAGCCACCUGUACCCCUGAGUGGAAAUAUAGUCAUCAUGCAAAGUACCACACACAGUGAUGGGAGGUUAUUUCACAGCGUUCUCGGUAUGUUGUGUGAACACACAUACCCAUAGUGUAAUGUAUGUGUGGAUGGAUGUACACUCACUCAUCUUUGUCUCAUUUUCAACGGGUUACAUUCCUAGAAAAGGCAAAAUUAUGCCAGUCAUACUUGGAAGAUUGUGGUGGAAGGUUAUACUCCUGAUCAAAGGACCUAAUUUCAACAUCUUUACAGCAAUGCCAACAGACAUUAUAUAUAGUUAAUUAAAAAACAAACAACAAAAUCUCAGUGGUGUACAAAAUUUUCCAAAAGACUCUUUUAGUAAAUCACUGAGGUGAAAAUAUCAAGUGGUCACCUUAAGUUGCAUUUAAUAUAAUUGCAUUUAAUGUAAAAGGCACUAUAUACUCUACCGAGUUUAUCUCCAGUAUUUAUACUGGAGAUAAUAUACAGUAUUGACUGUAACAAAUCUCAGUGAGUCAGAGGAGUGGGCAUUGCCCUCCUCAAAGUCUAGUUCCUAGGGUCUUCCUGGGGAAAUUUUGGAAGGCUUCUGCAUGGAACCCUCGUAACUUCCUGAGAAAUGAGCAGGAACUUUUGCCUUUUUCUCACUAGAAAUCUCUCUAUGAUAAACUUAAGAAUUAGAGAUCAAGUUUGUUGAUCUUACAGCUUCAUUUGCAGAAAGAGUGCAUUUCUUCUCAAAGUAUAUAUUUUUGCUACAUACCAUAGCCCCUUAAGUAAUAUAAUGAAGUAGCUGGCACACUAAUUGAAAAUCAUUAACUAUAUCUGAAAUAGUUUUUUAUCAUUACAUAAAACUCCACCCAACUGGAAGAACUUCCAGGGCUAUUUGAAGUUUAUAAAAAUAGGAGAAAACUUGAUGAGAAUGAAUGUGAAGAGUGGUAAAGAGGAUUCCAAGUUUUCAUAGCUUCAUGGUGCUCAACGCUCUAGUGAAAUGACAGUGUCAGGCUCUGAUUGUGUUUCAGGGAACUAGGUGGAUCUUCUAGAAGUGAAAAGGACCAACAUAUAUGUAAGUGUGGUAGCCGUACCACCAGGGAGAGAAACGAGGUCAGAGACUGAUGAGAUGUGGUACCUACCAAGAACAGCUUUGCCUGCACUAAAAAGGAACAAGCAAGAGAAAAAGCGGAAUUGUAAACUCCCAUUGCUGGGCACAAAGCACUUUAAUACAUGAAAAGAUACACUUAUUUCUUUUCAUCCAUUCAGAAAAGUUUUAGUACGUGCUUGCAACCUGCUAGGCACUGUCCUGGAAACUAUACAUUACUCAGUAAAGAGAAUGCAUCACAAUAAUAAAUUUAGUAUUGUUACCAUUUUCACUUAAGCUUGAAAGAGGGCCUCUGGGAGACAGUGAAAUAACCGAGCAUCCAGGAUAGUGGCAGCCUUCCACAGGCCACACGCCGGCUGGCAAAUGCUAAUGCUGCGUCCUUAGCAAACCACUGCAUCAAGGAGAGAGAGCAAUUAACUGCACAAAGAAUUAAAACCGGAAAACCCUACACUAAGAGUAAGAGUAAAUAGCACUCCCCACCCCUGGCAUAUCUGGGGUGGAAUCAGUUAUGGAAAUGGACAUGACAAGGGAAAAACUAUACGUUCUUCUAGUCUACUCCAGGAAAUAUUUAUUCCUACCCUCCACCUGUCUAAUUUUAAAUCUCCUUAGCAACAGAUAUUUCACUACCUUCCCUCCCACCACUGCCAAAGACUGAAUACAUAAUCCAGUUGAUCUACUUAUUAAAUUUGGGAGGGAGAAAAAGGUUUCCUUGACACCCAGCUCAAUUGGAUGUAUUUUAAUGUAAUCCCGUCAUGUGUUCUGUCUUUGGAAACGCUCCGUUUCCUGUUGUGAUGGGCAAUCCUGUCUGUGCACCUGUGCGACACACUCCAGAAAUCAAGUGUUCAAAGUGCUUUUGAGCUAUUGAAUCUUGGGAGAGUCCGUCUUGCAUCUUAAUAAUUAUUUAUCCAGGUUAUUUAUAAUUAACUCCUUUCAUCUCUACUCAUUACAUCAAUUUCAUAUUAUCAUUCCAUUGUUCUCUGGAUAGAAGCCAGUGUUUCAGCUCUUGGGUCAGAUUUUUCAAAGGCUCAUCCUCCUAUCUGUUCUGGCACACAUUUGUCCUCAGCGGAUGUUCCUAAUUCGCCAUUAUUUAGCAGUCUGAGGCCCUCUUUUUCACCACUUGUCCCCUUCUCCCUUUUGAAUAGGUCUGCUUUCCCAGUGAAAUGUGAUUUUUUUUUGUUCAUUUUAUCUCCUUAUACCCACCCGUUAGUAUUUUUUAGUUUUUUCUGCCUUAAGUAAGAGAUGACCAGGAUUUCACUUUUAAAUACUAAAAUGGCCAGAGCACACAGACAUCUUGGGGACAGUUUUACUUUAUUUGGGUCUUUAAUUAAUUUUGCUAUUACCUCUUGGAAGAAAGCCUAAAAUGACAUGUGAAAAUAACAUGAAACCACUAAGCAGAUGUCCAACAAUGCAAAAAUAGACCUCACAUGUUAUACUUCACACUCUGAUUCUCUUGCCUUCAUGUCUCGGGAUCCAGUUUCUUAUAUUAAACUCUCUCCUUCCCUUUUGCAAGAAAAUUAUCAGCCUUAUGCUAAAUUCUCAUUCAGUUAGCUUUCUGGGUCAUUGAGGUUGGAAUCCUUAAAUUCUAAGCCCGCCAGAUCUGUAGAAUCUGAGCCCAAGUUCUUGGGUGCUCUAGAAUUUUAGUUCAUAUACAUGAGCCAGACUAAACUUGACCUGGUGAAAGCAAUAGCUGAUUAGUUGCUUGUCUGAGGUAGUGGCUCAAGGGCUUUCCAGGUUGCACUUUAUUGAGGAAAGGAAAUAAAUUGAUCAGCCAAGACAGGGUGGCAAGAAGGAAUGGCUGACCCUCACCCAGGUGGCUGUGAGCAAGCCCUCAACCUAACCUCAUUCCUGAAGAAUCAGCAUGGAAAAGGCUAUCAGCCCAAACGCCCUGUUACGUUUCUGAGUAUGUUUGACCUGAGGUUUUAAAUCACAAGUAUACAAAGAAUGUUUCACAUCAAAGGAAAUCAGCAAACCACGACUGCAGAAAGUUAGUGAAGUGAUGCAAUGAAGGUAAUGCAAAAAGAUAUAUAUUUGAAGGGGGACUCUAACCAGAUAUCAUCAGGAAGAGAAAAUGGCAUCCCUUUUGUGUGUCCAGACUGUUCUUUGAAAUUGCCUUGUUUCUGUUAUGACAUAUUAUCCUUCCAGAGGAUCACUUUGUGUUGGUCAGAUGAUUUAGUUGAUUAAGGAAUUGAAUUGGUUUGAUUAGUUUGGGGAAUUGACCAGGUAUUUGACUCUAUUGAAUGAGUUUGGAAUUCUGAACACACUACCUAAGAUUCUUGUUGAAGAUGAUGCCUUUGAAAAGGGCCAUUUUAGUUAAAAUGCAGGGUAGAGUUUGAUGCAGCCAUGAUAAUAGCAAAAAUCUGUUCUGCUCUUAAAAUGUUUCUAGCAAUGGAAAUAUUCUGACUAAAAGAAUACUCUUGACUUGUAGGGAGGCUCCUGAGGAAUAAAUGUAAGUGACAAAAAGGCAUUUUAUUUUUUUUAAGGUUGUCUAUACAGAUACAUUCAUGAUAUAAGGAAAUUGUUGGUGAAUGCUCCUAAAACAGAGGUUUAUGUAAUGGAAAUUUAAAACAACUCUAUUACAGAUUUACCAAAGAUUAUUUUUAUAGCCUAUAUAUGCCAAUGUACAUAAUCUUAUAUAAGAUACCAAAGUAAGUUGUUCAAACUGUGAAUAAUGCCAAACAUAAUGGAUCGCCUCUAGAAUAUUCAUAGGAAAGGUUAGCUGUGGCUAUUUUCUGCCUUAAGUAAUUUCUUCUAAGAAAUACUAUCUUUACUCCAAGAUCAAGCUUUCUGUUAUGUUUGAGAUGCUUUAAUAACUGAGUGGCUAAGCAUCCCAACAAGAAAGGAGCACAUGCAAUUGUGGCUUUAGGAGUUUGUAGUAGAGUUGACAGUGUUCUGUCUGCAAGCAAGUGGGAGGGUCUGCAAUAGCCUUCGUGAGAUUUCCUAGUCUCAGCCACACUAACACCUGGGUACAUAAGUGCUCUUACCUGAAGAGUCCUUGAUCUCUGGUCUUCCAUGUGGGAUUUACCAGGUUUAUAAAUUCUGCAAGAACAAAGACCAAAUCUUUAAUCUUUCUUCUACUCCUACCUUGUAGAAACCAGUGCCCAGCCCACAGACAUUCAGCGUACACUUUUUGAGUGGAAAUUGUUCCUGGCCCAAUACUUGGGAUGUUACAUAGUCAGUGUCUAAUAACACUAUUGUGCAUGGAAAGUCAUCUGGCUAUUUGUGUGAAGCUUAAAUAAAUAAUGUAAAUAAAUCCAGAAUAGAGCACUUUGAUAUAUUUUUAAUAUCGUGUAUUUUUUUCUCUGCAAAUCUCAUUAUUUAAAAUGGCAGUAGAUGAUUCUAUUUUUUUUCAUACUAUAGUACCUCCCCACAAUAAUGUGUUUCUAACCAACUGUACUGGAACAAAGAACUUCAUUAGUCUUUCUAUUUAAAUUAUGUAUUUGCUUAAUAUAUUUUCAUAUUUGUAACUGUGGUCAAAGCAUUUAUAUAAUAUCUUAUACACUUUCUCACUAGUACAGGAAUAAAAGUGCUGUUUGUUGAA